CCGAGGUGGUGGAUGAGGCACCACACGUAGGUGGCAGGCAGGCAGGCAGUGCAACCGGGUCUCGCCCCUCGUCAGUGGAAUGCACAGAGCCGCCCUUUUCUCUAGCCGCUUUGUUCUCUCGAGGAUCCGGACGCUCAUGCGAGACUUGUGACUCCCCGACACCGGGUAGAUCGAUUCCCGUUAUAUUCUCUCUCUCCCCCCCCUUCCUAAACCUCUCCUAGCCACUCCUUGAUCGCAGCCCCUCUUCUCCAUUUCAUCAGACUCUCGUCUAGCACUAGCCCUUCCUGGGUCUUCAAUCCAGACAUGGUUAUUUUCACCCCCUUCCCCUUUUCUACAACUCGAUCCCCUUCUGACAACCAUUUGAGCCCGCCAUCACCGUCUCGUAGUGUCUGUCCUGCUGCCUGCGCGGUGACUGCGUCGGAGGUCUCUCAGAUUCCUGUGUAGGAGUUGCGUCACCGUGCUCUCUCUUUGAAGGUUGUCAUUACGUUGAUUGCAGUGGGUCAGCAGGUUAGACUGUGAACGCUCUGGAUACUUAAAUACAUGAAUUUGGGAUUUUGACGAGUUUGGGUAGUAUGUAGGCCGAUGGAUAAUCUCAUCUAAGGCUGUUAAAGAGUUUAAAGAUCUUUCUAUGUUGUGCUCGCUCUCUUACUGUCUGUCCGUCUCACACAUUCACUCACUCACUCACUCACUCACUCACUCAUAGAAAAUACUUGGGCUCCCUCUCUUUCUGUCUUACAUAUAUAUAUACACCCACUCUCGGUCGAGCGGAGACGUAUUCUCGAUAACUGGGUCCUCAAGUGUGUCAAGGUUUGUUGUCAGUUUUGAUCGGCAUUUAUAAGCCCGCUCCGCGCGCGGGGUACGAUAUUGGAAAACAGUGUGAAUGGUUCAAUGCACUUAAAGGAGCAGAUACUGAGUGCAUUGACUGGAACUGUGCACAACUGUGCCCUCGAACUGGCCACAAGUUUCGACUCCACAGGACGGCUGUCUGUGAAGAACCUCUAUCCGAUGAGAACCCCCAGCAAGUCUUUUUGAAGACCUUCAGGCUCUCCAAGAAUUUAAAACUAUGAGAAACUUUGAAUCGCGAAUGUCAAAGACUCCGAUUACUUUUGAAUCUUGAGGAAAGACUUCGACUCGUCAGCUGUAACUUCAGUUUCGAAAUCCCAGCUUGGACAGAACUUCGUUUUAUCUAGACGGAGGUCACCAGGACUGGUAACACGUCAAGAAUUGGCAUCGGCUCUUCAAUUAGUACUAUUGAACUUUCCGAGGACGUGCUAUGGCGUCGCAAUCCAAUUCCGACAUGUGGAUGGGCGCUGCAUCAUCAGAAAUCAGUUUGCCUUCGAAUCCUGCGCUGGAGCUAGAGGAAGAGACCUCAUGGAAGGUAUCGACAUCCUCUCAAAGCACAUCCAACAUUGAAGUCAAAACUGGAGUGCAGGAAAAUGUAGGAACACCAAGUUUCAGCAAGGGCGUGCUGGACGAGGAGUGGUACACGCCCGAGACCUCCUUAAUGGAGCUCUCUUACUCAUUACCAUAUGGGAUAUCCGAUACUCGCACAGGCUUUGGAAUGCUCGAGUCGUCGCUGAAUUUUGACAGCAGCAGCAACCUCAUGUCUAGCUUCCGCCCUGCUCCCUCAGCCUUGAGCAUGGGCCUUGAGAGCAACCGCAGUCUGGAGGAUCUCGUUUGCACUGGUCAGGGCUCGAGCAACGUUGGCCUCCUCUCAAGUCUUUCUCCAGGCGGUCAACUCGGCCGGAGCACCGUAAUGGAAAGCUUCAGCUCAGGUCUGCCAACAAGCUUCAACCAAGGAAUCAUCAACGCUGGUGGAAGCAUAACCAACAUCACCAGUAGCAACAUAAAUAACGUCCGCUCUAACUUCCCCCUCAUGGCCUCACCUUCGAACUUUUCCGAUGCGUACCGCGCUCGAUCAGUGAGCGAAGACAAGUCUGGGAAAGUUGUUGGCUCUGGCGGCCCACGGAAUGAACUUGUGCCAUAUCACAGAAACAAGGGGGCGGAAACUCGGAGCCAUGGUCAGGGUCAGCAAACUCUAUUCUUGAAGCGCGCAGCUUCUCGCCGUUGUGCGGGGUCUAGUGGGACUGUCUCUCCAGUGAGCAAGUCACCCCCACGCGUGGUCACUAGUGCCUCCAACGAUUCUUCUGUGGACACGCCGGAUAAAGACAGCCCUCAUCCGCGUAAUGCUCACUUGCAGAGCGCAUCUGGAAGAUUAAAUAUCAACUCCGGAUCGGAUGAUCCCAACGACAUGGGAUUAGAUGGUGACGACUACGAUGCCAAAGACGACGAUGAUUUGGAUGAGAGUGGUGACGGCUCAGGGGGGCCCUACGAGGUGGAAGAAGGCGCAGGCAAUGGAGCAGAUCAAAGCAUUGGAAAGGGAAACGGCAAAGGGAAACGAGGACUUCCUGCGAAAAACCUCAUGGCUGAGCGCAGGCGCCGCAAAAAACUCAACGAUCGCCUGUACACGCUACGGUCUGUAGUUCCUAAGAUUACAAAGAUGGAUAGAGCCUCCAUAUUGGGGGAUGCGAUUGAGUACCUAAAGGAGCUCCUGCAACGCAUCAAUGAAAUCCAUAACGAACUGGAAGCAGCAAAGCUGGAGCAGUCGCGGUCGAUGCCGUCUAGCCCCACUCCACGAUCCACCCAAGGUUAUCCAGCUACAGUUAAAGAAGAAUGCCCCGUCUUGCCGAAUCCUGAAUCCCAGCCUCCUCGAGUGGAAGUGAGGAAAAGAGAAGGUCAGGCCCUCAACAUUCAUAUGUUCUGUGCCCGCCGGCCUGGACUCCUCCUCUCUACUGUGAAGGCGCUGGACGCCCUUGGCUUGGAUGUACAACAGGCUGUCAUCAGCUGCUUCAAUGGUUUCGCCCUUGACCUCUUCCGUGCAGAGGCCAAAGAUGUGGACGUUGGACCAGAAGAAAUAAAGGCCGUUCUGCUGCUCACUGCGGGAUGUGAUUUGCACUCUUUGCAGUAGAUCCCACAAUGCAGACGGACAAGUUGAAUGAAUUCUCUUCUUUUCUGCAUGGGAAACAAAACACAAAUUGAUACGAGUGUGGUUUCAAAGUCUCUCCUCACCAGGCAGUGUUCUUCAAUUUUCACCAUACAAGCUAAAAAAUUUGACGCUACCUAAAUUCAGUGGUUUGAACCUGACAUUGUUGUAGGCUGUACUCAGCUUUUUCUGUUUUUGUAUAACUUAGUAUACGGUAAAGGCCCACAGAGCAGAGAACGGUGGGACCUUCACGGUACUGCCACUAGACCAAGCCUUGAAAACGUUAUGCAGGUGAAAUGUUUCUGUACAUCAUCUUCAAGACUUGUGUGCUGUGUGUGCCUCUAUGUGUUUGCCUAUGUAACCAAGUUGUCCGUUGCUAUCCAACACCUGCCAGGCUUGUCGGGUCUGUGUGAGGAGGCUGAAUAAAGCGUGAAACCUUUCGUGUCGUAAAAAUGGAUUCAAAAUCA